CGUUCGCCAUUUGUUGAUGCUCAUAUUUCCGACAGCACCUGAAGCGCACACAGCCGGACCCGUCCUCCCCUGCAGCACACGGACCCUCCGGACCUCCACCGGCUCCUCACCGCCUACCUGCCCCCGUCAGAGGCUCUCCUCACCGGCUACCUGCCCCCACCUGUCAGCGGUCAUGGCGCUCCGGAGGUUCUUCGUGGGAGGAAACUGGAAGAUGAACGGAACCAAGGAGAGUCUGGAGGAGCUCAUCAGAACCCUGAACACGGCCAGCCUGCACGACCAGACCGAGGUGGUGUGCGGCGCUCCCUCCAUCUACCUGGACUUCGCUCGCUCCAGUCUGGACCCCAAGAUCGGCGUCGCGGCCCAGAACUGCUACAAGGUGGCCAAGGGAGCGUUCACAGGGGAGAUCAGUCCGGCCAUGAUAAAGGACUGCGGGGUGGACUGGGUGAUCCUGGGACACUCCGAGCGACGCCACGUCUUCGGGGAAAGCGACGAGCUGAUUGGACAGAAGGUGGCCCACGCUCUGGAGAGCGACCUGGGUGUGAUCGCCUGCAUCGGGGAGAAGCUGGAGGAGCGCGAGGGAGGCACCACAGAAGAAGUCGUGUACGCUCAGACGCAGGUCAUCGCAGACAACGUGAAGGACUGGGGGAAGGUGGUGCUGGCGUACGAACCCGUGUGGGCCAUCGGCACCGGCAAGACGGCCUCGCCCGAACAGGCUCAGGAGGUCCAUGAGAAGCUGAGGGCCUGGAUCAGAGCCAACGUGUCGGACGACGUGGCCGACUCGCUGAGGAUCAUCUACGGAGGCUCCGUGACGGGAGCGAACUGCAGAGAGCUGGCGUCCCAGGACGACGUGGACGGCUUCCUGGUGGGCGGAGCCUCACUGAAACCCGAGUUCAUCGACAUCAUCAACGCGCGAGCGUAACAGGAACCGGAAACCAAUGAGAACCCCGCCGGCCCUUUAGAUCAUCACCUCGUGUCUGCACACCGGGCCGACCGAGCCACAGAGAGUUUUAUUUUGAAAAUAUCCGUUGGAUGAGGAAGUGUUGUGUCUUUAUUAGAGCAAACAAUCAAACCACCGACUGUGUUUCUUUGUUUUACCAUCAGCUCUGUUUCUGUUGUGUUGCAGACAAAUUUCAACAUCUUGAAAACUUUGCAAUCAGUCCUCCUGUUUUCAGAUGAUUUAAAGUCACUUAGAGGAAAUCAGCUGAGCUUCAGGGUAAAAACGAGAGCGCAGAGUCUGUUUUCCAUUCUCACCGUUUCUUUGAUUUCCUCCUCGUCAAACUGUGAUAAUGUUCACGAACGACAGGAAACGUUUGUUGGUCGCCCGGUGGUUUCGUGUGUGUGUGUUGUGAUGUUGUGUAUUAAUGAUGCACCUCCUCUCUCUCUCUCACUCAGCUGCACUAACUGUUACUUCAGGGCCCUUCACAAUAAAAGCUCUGGACAGAAUGUACCUAAAUAUGAAAUAUAUAUGAAUGAAGACUUUUAUUGUGAAGUAGUCACAAUAAACUUCACGUAGUUGCUGCACUUUAACACUGUACGUUCAACACCUCAAAGUGUUAAUAAAAAGUAUGUGAACACAUGAAAUUAAAA